AUGUCAAAGGCCAAGGAUGCCACUGCGGGCCCCGUUCUGGCGCAUCUAGCCCAGCUGCGUGCAGGCAAGGUAGAAGUCCAUGUCAAAGCAAUGGGGUCAGCGCCUGCUUUGCGGCAGCCACGCUUCACUAUUGAUGGGUCCAAGAAGUUCUCAAAGCUGAUUGUGUACUUGAAGGAGGCUUUAAAGCUGGAGACUAUUUAUGUGUACUGCAGCGAUGCUUUCGAGCCUUCGCCCGAUGAACGCUUGUCGGACUUGCAGAGAUGCUUUGGAUCAUCUGGGAACAAGCUCAACAUCAGCUACUCAGGCGAGCAAGCCUUCAAUUGA